GGGCAGUAAUUGCCAAAUUAAAAAAAUAUUACUUUCCUUAUAAAAUUAACCAUAUACUGUAUAUAGUUUCCUUUAUUAACAUAUAACUAAAGUUACUAUUUGUAUUAGGUUACUUGUUGUGUAAUCCAACAACUAACACUACUUCCCCAUAUCUAUAAAUAUAAGCACGCAAACGCAAGGCUAAUCAUUCAUACGCUACUUUUUCUGUCAUUCAAAAUUUAGAUCUUUUGACUGAAAAGCAAAGAAAGAUGAUGGCAGAAGAUACAACAGGAACUACGCGCUACUGCAAGCGUGUUCAUUUGCAUGCUGCUAUGAGACAAGAGGAGUCUAAAGAUAUAUACUAUCUACAUAAGAUCGUUAAAUUGGUUGAGGAAAAGAAGAAGUUAAUUGAUGUCUUACCCAAGAAACCAGUUGAAGAAAGAAAAAGGUUCAAAAGUACUCCAACAGUAGAGAAGAACAAGAAGGUGGAGAUUGUGAAGAACCAGAUAACCCAGGAGUUGGAAGAGUUCAUUACGAAUAAGCUGAAGGGGAAAGAAGAGAAGGUGGUGAUCCAGAAAACGUUGUACAAAAGUGAUCUGGAGGAAAACAAGAACAGGUUGAGUAUGCCGAUGAAACAAGUGAUCAAACCCGAUGAGUUCUUGAGGAAAAAUGAGAAAGAAGAUUUGGAGAUUGGAAAGGAGUUUGAGGUGAAAUUGUGGGGGCCAAGAUUAGAGAUGCAUGAGAAGCCGAUGAUGUUGAAGAUGUGGCACAUGAACAGCACCAGCAACUACGUCCUCAAAACCAACUGGAACCACUUUGUGAUGGCGACUAAAAAGGAUUUGAAGAUAAACAAAAAGAUUCAGGUUUGGUCAUUUCGCAGAGAAGAGAAGCUGUGCUUUGCAAUUGCAUGUUUGGAGAGAGAUGUUGACGCUCAAAACAACGCUGAUUAAUCACGCACCAUUGAGUUCUUUAAUCUUUUUCAUUUAACUCUUUAUCUUGUUUAUAUUCAAACAUUGUAGCUUCUGUAUAUAUCUGACGUGUUAUUAAAGCUUUGACAAUUUCUAUUGGUUUCAAGAUAUUUAGUGAUAAAAAAUUUCCUAACGCAGUUUCACACAUAUAUUUG